GCCCAUUAAUAUUCCCUCCUAUUCGGUUUCCCUCCACUCGAAACAAAUUCGAUUAUGGAAAACGCCGACGGGAGCAGCGAAGUGGAAAACGACGCCGAAAUGAAGCUCUUGAGAGACAAAUUCAGACUCUCCGCAAUCUCCAUCACCGAAUCCCAAGCAAAACGAAGCGGCAAGGAAGCGUCAAAAGUCGUAGUCACUUGCGUCGCGGAUUUGGCCUUCAAAUAUACAGAGCGAGUGGCUAGGGAUCUUCAUCUAUUUGCGCAGCAUGCGAAUCGUAAAUCUGUAAACAUGGAAGAUGUGAUACUCUGCGCGCAUAGGAAUGGACAUUUAUCUGGCUUGUUGAGGACUUUCUCCAAUGAUUUGAAAGCCAAAGAUCCUCAAUCUGAGAGGAAGCGAAAGAAAGAAACCAAAAAGAACGACAAAGGAAACACUACUAUCUUGGUAUGAUUAGAAAAAAAUUGAUGGCGCGAAAAAUUUGAUCUCUUCGUUGCGGUAUUCCAGUGCACGCAGCUCAAUAUCUGACGAGAAUCUUGAAAUUUGAAGUGUGCAGUUAGUUUUGUAUGAUACACUCAACUCAACCGUAGAAGGGACAGACACAUGGAAAAAGCAUGUUGGCCUGCUCCUUUCUGUACUUUUGGCACCUUCUCCAUCUCACACACUCCUCACUCCACUAAUAAAGACGACCAAGUCACCACACAAUGCAUUCUAUAUUUACCACUUCCAACUUAUAAGGACUUCCAGAUUAAAUUUUGAUUUUAUAUAUAAAAUAACUUCUGCUAAAAAAAUAUAUUUAUUUUAUAUAUCC